UAUGGGUGCCGUUUGCCGUGUGCCUCGUCAGUUUUUGUUGACUGUGCUUUGCAGAACUUGCCGUGUCUCACUCUUGGCGGUUCUCGUGUUUUCUACGGGACGGGACCUUGGUCUAGACGCCCCAGACUGUUUAAAUCCAGCGCUAGGCGCGGUUGGUUGCAGAAUGGGCUUUCUGGCAGAACGUCACUCAAAGUUCCUGCAGACUGACAGGUUGCGGACCAUGGAACUUACGGAUACCUCAUACGAAGUACGGGACAAUACUCCAACAGCCCAACGAAUCAGGCGACGGCAACCAUGGAAAGAAAAAGAGGGUUCAUUUCGAUCGACCAUCAUAUUAUAACGGACACUGGACACACCUUGAUGGAUAUGGGAAGAGUGACAAGAUGAGCCGGUAAUUUAGAACUGGAGCACUGCAGAGUGCAGAAGGGCGUAAGGCUUUCCGGUUCCCCAGUGUAGCUCGUUUUCUGUGGCUAAGGUUGUGGUGCGAGCGUCACUGUCCAGCGCGGUCGGGCGUGUGGAGUGGAGUGUGGGGGCAAAUCACUGGCUGGGGUAGGUUAGGCAGGUGGGUCUCCUAGCAGGAUAGAACCCUUGCGAUGACCAGGCUGCUGUUGACGAGUUGACAAUCCCGCC